AUGGCCCAGGCCGCGUCCGGGAACGUGCGGCAGCCAAAGGUCCUCCACCCGGUAGAGAACGAAAACCUGCGCCUGCUCCUCCUCGAGAACAUCUCCCAGGAGGCCGUCAAGCGUUUCCGCUCGGAGGGCUUCCAUGUCGAUCACCACACCAAGGCCAUGUCCGAGGAGGAGCUCCUCGAGAAGAUCCCCCAGUACCACGCCAUUGGCAUUCGCAGCAAGACUAAGAUCACUGCGAAGGUGAUCAAGGCUGCGACCAAGCUGAUCGUCAUCGGCUGCUUCUGCAUCGGCACGAACCAGGUCGACCUCGAGACCGCCGCCCGCGCAGGCAUCCCCGUCUUCAACUCCCCCUUCUCCAACUCCCGCUCCGUCGCCGAGCUUGUUAUGGGCGAGCUCGUCGUUCUCUCCCGCCAGCUCUUCGACCGCUCGGGCGAGCUCAAGGCCGGCAUCUGGAACAAGCAGUCCAAGGGCUGCUGGGAGAUCCGUGGCAAGACCCUGGGCAUCGUCGGCUACGGCCACAUCGGCUCGCAGCUCUCCGUGCUCGCCGAGUCCUUCGGCAUGCGCGUCCUCUUCCACGACAUCGUCAACCUCAUGCCCCUCGGCUCGGCGCGCCAGGUCGAGAACCUGAACGCGCUGCUAAACGAGGCGGACUACGUGACGCUGCACGUCCCCGAGACGCCGGAGACGAUCAACAUGAUGGGCCGCGAGCAGUUCGCGCAGAUGAAGAAGGGCGCGUACCUCCUGAACAACGCGCGCGGCAAGGUCGUCGACAUCCCCGCGCUCAUCGACGCGCUCAAGGCGGGUCACGUCGCCGGUGCCGCCAUCGACGUCUUCCCCCGCGAGCCCGGCGCGAACGGCGCGCCCUUCGACGACGAGCUCAACAGCUGGGCCUCCACCCUCCGCGCGCUCCCCAACGUCAUCCUCACCCCGCACAUCGGCGGCUCGACGGAGGAGGCGCAGCGCUCGAUCGGCGAGGAGGUCUCCGCCGCGCUUACCCGCUGCCUCUGGUACGGCUCGACCGUCGGCGCGGUCAACUUCCCCGAGGUCGACCUGCGCGCGAUCUCCGCGGACGAGAACGACCGCGUGCGCAUGUGCUACGCGCACAAGAACGUGCCCGGUGUGCUGCGCCAGGUCAACGACGCCCUCGCGUCCUUCAACGUCGAGAAGCAGUACUCCGACUCCAAGGGCGACAUCGCAUACCUGUUGGCAGACAUCGCUGAUGUCGGCCCCGACGACCUCAAAACCCUCCGCGACCGCAUCAACGCGACGGAGGCCAACAUUGUCACCCGUUUCCUCGCAUAG